AUGGACGUCUGGAUACCGGAACUGGACGGCCCUCUGACCCCCGACCGAUAUUGGAACUGGGGCGAGACGAUGAUGUUUCGAGACUCGGGACGUCCAUGCCACCCGAGAACCACCAGCAGACAGAACUACGAUUCGCUUGAGGGCGGGUACAAGACUGUGCUUCGAGAGUAUGAAUGGAUGGAGGUCGCUGCAGAGGUUCCCCGCGGUCGCAAGCAGCUGGCAAUUGAGAACUACCAGCAUAUGAACGAGCAGAAACUGGAUGUUCGAAAUGGGCUUCUUCACAGAGCGCUGUGCACCAGACUUGAUGAGGAUUGGAUGAGGGCGGUCCUGGAGAGCGGUGGCAACGGUAAUUCCACGCUCAGUCUCUACGGAGUGAGAGAAGUUCCUCGCGUUCGCGACGGCAAGAAGUACUUGGAAGAUAUCUAUCCAAAAGCCCACCCGGUUUCCAAGCAGCGGGAGCGUGUAGGCAGCACCAAACCAUUCAUACCCGACAACUAUCGCAUCAGUGAAGGUAAGCUCUUGGAGUAUCCUUCGGUUUCAGUCGAAGCGAUCGCCUCGGAUUUGAGCUUGGAGGACAUUCUCAAUUUUGAUACUUGCUAUGGAGAAGACGGGACCAUCGAGGUUCUGCUGGGAGGGGCGAUGGCAGACAGCGAGGAGGACUCUGACAGUUCCGGCGAAAGCAAGAAGGACUCUCCAAUGAGAGAGCUGUCAAACGCCCACUUCGAAAGCGAGGGAAAGGGAGAAGAGGAACAAUUGCAGAUGGGAGACUGA